AUUAAUAGAAAAUAUUGGGUGCGACCAAUUAAUAUAAGACGUCCCAUUCAAGGAGAUUUUGAUCAUUUAUUACAAGAAAUGAAAACUGAUCCUUAUAUGUUCUUCAGAUAUACCAGAAUGUCCGUAAAUGUUUUCAAUCACUUAUUAGAAAUAAUGAAACCAUUCUUAACCAAAAAGAGUCAUCGUGCCUUAGUACCAGAGCAACGUCUUGCUUUAACUUUAAGAUAUCUCGCCACAGGAAAUCAAAUCUUGUCUAUUGCGUUAGCAUACAGAAUUGGAGAAUCUACAGCGAGAAAUGUAAUUAAGGAAACUUGUGCUAUGAUCAUAAAAGAAAUGGAACUUUCCAAAUUGCUGCGGAGCAAUAGACGGGAAACAUAUUCAAAUACAAGCACCGCCAAAUUCUGGAAGUCUGUUUUAUAAUUAUAAGAAAACAUUUAGUAUUGUUUUGAUGGCAGCAUGUGAUAGUGACUACAAAUUUACGUUGAUAGACUGCGGAUCAUAUGGUAGUAGUAAUGAUGCAGGGAUAUUUUCAAGGUCCGAUUUUAAUAAAGCUUUAGUCAAUGGCAAUUUACAUCUACCACGAGGCGAAAGCAUCUUACCCGGAAGUGAUAAAAAGUCACCAUGUUUUUUUGUCGCGGAUGAAGCAUUCCAUUUAUCUACAAAUCUAAUGAGACCAUAUUCUGGACGAAAUUUGGAAUCAAAAAAAAGAAUCUUCAACUACAGAUUAUCACGAGCCCGAAGAGUUAUCGAAAAUAGUUUUGGAAUUCUGGUAUCAAGAUGGCGAAUAUUUAGAAAACCCAUUUGUAUGCACCCAAAAACUGUAGACACAAUAGUAAUGGCGACAAUAUGUUUGCAUAAUUUUUUGAAAACA